GAUCGUGCAAAAACAGUGGAUGCUUUCAACAAACAUAUCCAAUUUAUUCCUGUUCCUGCUUCUGAGCCUGUUCAGUGUGAAUUAUCUCUUGUUCCGGGUCAGCAAACAGAUGGGUAUAGAUACAUGUACGAGAAACUGACUGAAAAGGGUGAGCUACUGGAUGCUCAGAUUGAAUAUUUUGCAAAAAUCAUUGCCAAUCAAUACCAACAGGACGAUCCAAUGGACCUGAUCUGUAAUCCUGCUCAGCCUCGUAACGAGCCUGGACUUGUUGUUGGACGUAUAUGUAGCGAUUCUUUUCAAGAUGGUGUUGCUUUGAAUGCUCAUUCUGUGAUGCUUGAAUGCUCUCGAAAUAACGGAAGUGGUUUGCGAAUCAAAGUAGAUCUGAGCAAGAUUUUAGACUCGAGUCAACCGUGCACUCUUUUUCCUGGCCAAAUUGUCGGAUUUGUUGCUACCAAUCCGUCUGGUCAGCAACUCCACGUAUCCUAUAUUAUAUACCCGACUCUUCCUCCACGACCUACAACCAAUCUGUCUGAAAUCAAGAGCAUGUAUCGUGCAGAAAAUGGCUUGAACAAACGAACAAUUCAUAUAGUAGUUGCAUCUGGACCCUUUACUCUUGUGGACAGUCUUACCUAUGAACCCUUGGAAGCCUUGGUUGUUGAUGUGAUUGAAAAGGAUGCUCCCGAUGUAGUCAUUCUAAUGGGUCCGUUUGUAGAUAUAGACCAUCCAUUGAUUGUAAGUGGAAAUGUUAUGGAGGAUGUAGAUGACAUUUUUAGAGAGCAAGUUGCCAAGCGUAUUGAUCGUAUGCGCGAUGCUAGACCUGGACUUCAGGUUAUUCUUGUUCCAAGCAUUCGGGAUGCAUGUACGGAAUGGGUGGCAUUUCCACAGCCUCCAUUGGCAUCUGGCAUUACUACAGAAAUAGCACAGUUGCGUAAAAAGAAUCUUGGGCUCACCACAGAUUCCCAGCGUGGACUUUAUCUUUUUCCCAAUCCAGUGCAAUUUCGACUCAAUGAGAUUGUGUUUGCAGUUUCUACUAGCGACAUUGUGUUUGAUCUGGCUGAAUCGCAGUACAUGUGCCGUUCUGGACCAAAAACUCAUUUGAAAUCCUUCGGUAAUGACUCGAGUGCAGGACAUGUGUUGGAUCGACUGUCUACUUGCUUCAAUCAUGUUCUUCGUCAUCGAUCUUUUUAUCCCAUGUUUCCUAGUUCAUCCAAUGCAUGCUUGGAUUCUACUCAUCAAGAUGGCGAGUAUGCUGGUCCACUGAUUUUGCAAGUCAUUCCUGACAUUCUAAUUGUUUCAUCUCGUUUGCAAUACAUGGCUCGUAAUGUUCAAGACUGUCUAUGCAUUAAUCCUGGUAUGAUGACCAAAGGACGAAAUGGAGGUACUUAUGCUCGGCUAUGCAUUCAUCCUUUCAACACGGAUGUGAUGGAUACCGGUGAUAUGGAUGAAGAUAUUGAACUGGAACACGCUAUAGUGCAUCGAACUGCUGUAAAUAUUCGUCGAAUCUGA